GUUAAGAUGUAAGGUUUUGCUGAACACUGUUUAGCGCACUCAUGAACCAGUUCACUGAUCCAGUUCACAUAAGCAACAAUAAUAGACAUUGUAUAAUUCGAAUUUCAUAUGUGGAAUUUGCCAUAUAACUAGGAAAUAAAAAGAAACUCCAACACAAAUGGCACAGUUCCUUCUAAGAGGCAUCUUACGAGCCGGCAGUGUCAGCUGCAGCUCCAGCAACAGCUCUGGCAUGUCCAGUUCCAGCUGUCAGUUUCACACAACACCGGCGUGCUCGGAGAUACGCAAGCUGGCGAGAUUGCGUGUGGUGGAUAACAGUGAUCUGGGCAAGCGUGCAAUGGCUGAGGGACGUCCACCACGCUGCAUACAUGUGUACAACAAGCGCGGCGUAGGCUAUAUCGGUGACAAGGUGCUGGUGGCUAUCAAGGGGCAGAUGAAGAAGGGCAUUCUGGUGGGCCUGAAGCAAAGGCAGCGCGUCAAGCAGCCGCAGUUUGACAGCAACAAUCUGGUGCUUAUCGACGACAAUGGCAGCCCGCUCGGCACACGUAUACAUGUGCCCAUACCCACGGUGCUGCGCACAAUACUCAAGGAGAAGACGCUGGCCAAGGGCGCCGAUUACACUAAGGUGCUGGCUAUAGCCAGCCGAUAUGUCUAGUUUAACGAUUAUCUAUGGAAUGUUGUACAAUAAAAUGCGUUUUCGUUAUAGUAAU